AUGGCCGCUGUCGACAGCGGUAAAGGCGGCAAGGGCCGUUUCAACAGCAGCAGCGGCAGCAGCAGCAGCGGCGGCAGCAGCAGCAGCAGCAGCAGCAGCAGCAGCAGCAGCAGCAGCAGCAGCAGCAGCAGCAGCAGCAAAGGUGGCGAGCACCCCAUCAUGUCGCUCACAUCCAUGGGGGCCGACGCUGACCCGCCUGCCGACGCCGCGGCCCCCGCCCACCUCAGCCACCCCGACCUUCUGGCGGCCAUCUUUGCGCGGCUGCCGCCCGGAGAGCAGUGCGUCACAAUCGGCGCUCUCAACCGCGCCUGGCGGCGUUGGGCUGCGCCGAAGCGCGCCGCCCUGCGAGCCGCCCCGCCCUCCAUGCACUGCUUUGAUUCCCGUUGCGGGCGCCUGGCGGCGUUCGCGCUGCCGCUGUGGUAUGUGACGGAUCGGUGGCCGCUGUUGACAGAGAAGCAGCGGUAUGGGGCGGCCAGCCGCGCCGCGGCCCACGGCGACGUCGAGAUGCUGCGCUUCGCGCGCCAUGCCGUUAACGUUGGCAGAGGGGACCUGUCCGUGUGCGAGGCAGCCGCGGGCGGCGGCCAGUUGGCCGCACUGCAGUGGGCGCGCGGCGCCGGGUGCCCAUGGACUGAGCAGACAUGCGUUUUGGCCGCGGCCGGCGGACACUUAGAGGUGCUGCGGUGGGCGCGCGGCGCGGGCUGCCCCUGGGACGAGCGCACGUGCGAGGCGGCCGCGCGGGGCGGGCACUUGGAACUGCUGCGCUGGGCACGCAGCGCCGGCUGCCCCUGGGACAAGCACACGUGCGAGGCGGCCGCGCGGGGCGGGCACUUGGACCUGCUGCGCUGGGCGCGCGGCGCCGGCUGCCCCUGGGACGAGGGCACGUGCAAGGCCGCAGCGUGCGGGGGGCGAUUGAAGGUGCUUCAGUGGGCGCGCGGCGCCGGCUGCCCUUGGGAUGCGGAUGUGUGCGUGUCGGCUGCAUUCUCCGGACACCUCCACAUUCUGAUCUGGGCGCGCGGCGAGGGCUGCCCGUGGGACGAGCGCACGCGCAAGUUCGCAGCGGGCCGCGGCCGCCUGGAGCUGCUGCGCUGGGCGCGCGGCGCGGGCUGCCCUUGGAACCGCGAGGUGUGCCGCAUGACGGCGCAACAGUGGUGGCACGCCGCUGUCGUCGAGUGGAUCGACGGCCAGCCAGAGUAG